GGGUAUAUUGGAAUCAGCCAUAAAAAUUACGAAUGAGCCACCAUCAGGAAUUCAAGCGAAUAUUCACAAAGCGUUGGAUAACUUCACUCAAGAAACUCUGGAGUCUUGUAGCAAGGAAACUGAAUUCAAAGCUAUAUUAUUUGCGCUUUGUUAUUAUCAUGCCGUAGUUGCAGAACGUAGAAAAUUUGGAGCACAAGGAUGGAAUGGAUCUUAUCCAUUCAACUUUGGGGAUUUAACGAUCAGCGUAUCCGUUCUAUUUAAUUAUUUGGAAAAUAGUAUUAAAGUACCUUGGGAAGAUCUUCGUUAUUUAUUUGGAGAAAUAAUGUAUGGCGGUCAUAUAACAGAUGACUGGGACAGAAGACUAUGUAAAACAUAUUUAACAGAAUAUUUAAAACCAGAAUUAAUUGAAGGCGAAUUAUAUCUUGCACCAGAUUUCUUAGUGCCACCAAAUCUUGAUUAUCAAGGAUAUCAUGAAUAUGUUUAUAAUUUUCUACCAUCUGAGAGUCCUGUUCUUUAUGGACUUCAUCCUAAUGCGGAAAUUGGAUUUUUAACGUCAACUGCGGAAAAUUUAUUUAAAACAUUAUUGGGUAUGUUAACGAGAGUCGUCGCUGAUGCAGCAGUCGGAGAAAUUACAAAAGAAGAGAAAAUGAAAGGACUUAUAGAAGAUUUAUUAGAUAAACUACCAGAAGAAUUUAAUAUGCUAGAACUUUACGGCAAGGUAGAAGAUCGUACACCGUUUAUUACUGUUGCUUUACAAGAAUGCGAACGAAUGAAUGUAUUAUGUGAAGAACUUAAAAGAUCUUUGCAUGAGUUAGAUUUAGGUUUGAAGGGAGAAUUAACGAUCAAUCCUGAAAUGGAAAUUUUACAAGAUUAUAUAGUUAUGGAUGCUGUUCCCCCAUCUUGGGAGAAAAGAGCUUAUCCUUCAGAAUUAGGAUUAAACAGUUGGUUUGCAGAUUUAUUAAAUCGAAUAAGUGAAUUAACUAGUUGGACUGCCGAUUUUAAUUUGCCAUCAUCAAUAUGGCUAGGAGGAUUUUUCAAUCCUCAAUCAUUUCUUACUGCAAUUAUGCAACAAACUGCACGCAAAAAUGAAUGGCCAUUAGACAAAAUGUGCUUAUAUUGUGAAGUAAUGAGAAAAUUCAAAGAAGAAAUUACAUCAGCACCAAGAGAAGGUGCAUAUAUAAAUGGACUAUAUAUGGAAGGUGCACGAUGGGAUAUGCAAGCAGGAUGUAUUAUGGAUUCUCGAUUUAAAGAAUUAUUUCCAUUAUUACCAAUAGUGUAUAUUAGAGCUAUUACACAAGAUAAACAAGAUUUAAAAAAUAUGUAUGAGUGUCCCGUAUACAAAACACGAUUACGAGGUCCAACUUAUGUGUGGACGUUUAAUUUAAGAACUAAAGAAAAGCCUAGUAAAUGGAUUCUUGGUGGUGUGGCAAUUUUAUUACAAGUUUAAUUAUAUUUAUUAAACUGAAAUAAUAUGAAAUAAUAUGA